CCAUGUCCGCUGCGUCAGUGAGGAAGAAGAAGUCUUUUUCACAGAGCUCCAAACCAAGUGUCAGGAUGUGUGUGCGGGAACAGAGAGACGUUAUCAUGACAUCCCCAGAGAUGUGCUGGCCAGUGCCCAUGCGAGCCAUUGGGGCCCAGAACCUCCUCACCAUGCCGGGAGGAGUCUCCACGGCCGGAUAUCUCCACAAGAAGGGAGGAAGCCAGUUCAGCCUCAUGAAGUGGCCACUACGGUACAUCAUCAUCCAUAAGGGCUGCGUCUACUACUUCAAGAGCAGUACUUCUCCUGCCCCACAGGGGGCCUUCUCGCUCAACGGCUAUAACAGGGUGAUGAGAGCAGCAGAGGAGACCACAUCCAGUAACGUGUUCCCAUUCAAGAUUGUCCACUUCAGCAAAAACCACAGAACAUGGUUCUUCUCCGCCGCCAGCGAGGACGAAAGAAGGAAAUGGAUGCGACACCUGCGGAAGGAGAUAGACCAUUAUAACGACAGGAGAGAAUCACACAUCCCCAGUGACUCAGACUCAGAUGCUGACAGUUUCUACGGCACCAUCGAGAGGCUUAUGGAUAUUAAACAUACUGUAGGCAAUCCAGAGGAUGACUACAUGGAGGAGGACGAUGAUGAGGAAGAGGAGGACUAUAUUAGACCUGAUACUGACUGUUCACCAACAACCCCAGGUAGGCCCGCCGGCCCUCCGCCCUCCUACCCCCCUCCCCCCGUCCCAGCCGCGCUCCACCAUUGGCUAGAUUCCAGCCCAGGGUUCCACAAAGGCCCUCCCCCUCCUAUCCCUUUGCCCAGUAAAAUGCCUCCCAGUUCACUGGCUAAGAAACCACCUCCACCGUUCCCUCCUCCCACAAUCCAGAAAGAGCUUUGCAACAAGGGUCCCCCUCCUCCCCUCCCCUUUGCCUCCCAUCUGCAGAAGUCCUCGUGUCUCACCCCUCCUAUCCCGCCGCCCCCCAACCAGAAGAAACAGCUCCAGGGCAGGAUGUCUUCUAUGCCGGAGGGAGGCAGCGACAAGGGAGACCGUAGGCCUCCGCCAUCAGUGACCAUCAUAUCCUCCGCCCUCUGCAGCCAAUUCGAGAGCAAGAUGUCCCUCAACGGUUCCGCCCACCACUCCUCCGCAGUCACCUCAGGAAGUCACUCACCCAUCGCCAGUCGCCAAAGGAUCCAGAGUAAUCACGUCAUUAAGCAGGGCCCUCCGCUCCCCCCGCCCAACACUGUGGGGUCCAUCCAGAAAAAUACAGGCCGCAGAUAUGGGGCACCUGAGCCCCACCUACCUCCCCCCUCCCUCCCUCCCAUGUCUCCUCAUUCACCUGCUCUUCCCAAACCGUCAGUGCCCAGCAGGCCUCUGGGCCCCAAACCUCCUCCACCCAUCAUUAAGCCUCCACUGCCCACAGCCAAGCCCAGAGGACCUCCCAUCCAAAGAACGUCUCCGGAGGGCCAGAGUUUCCGAAGCUCCCUGGACGAGAUACCAGCAGACCGCAGGAAGAGCAGAAAAGACCCAUCAAACCACAGUGGACGACAGGACCACUCUGAUGAAGAAUAUGAGAAUGUUCAGCUGCCAGACUCGGUCUUCAUCGACACAACUGAAUCCAGCUGGGUGGAAAAGCUGUUUAAGGAGAGCGCCAUAUCGCCACAGGACGGUCUCUAUGGCAUCAGGAACUCCAGCACCAAGACGUCCAAGGUGCUGGUGGUGUGGGAUGUAAGUCUGGGAAAGGCCAGGAAUUACAGACUGUUUGAGGAGGACCAGCGAGUCUUUCUGGACAAUGAUGUGACCUUCCCUUCUUUGUCUGCUCUUGUGGAACACUACCACAGUCAUCCUCUGCCGCACCACGGCUCCCUCUGUCUGCAGAAGCCCUACGGAUACGCACUGCCUAGGUGA